CCAGGCUCUAGCUCAGCCCGCCCGUCCAUCUUCCCGCUCCUCGCGACUCGUUUCCCAAACCCGACUCAGCCUUACUUCGCUUUAUGAACCCUGCAUAACUUACCAGCAACGCCAUCUGGGAUCCUGUCUCUUUGUGUCUGUGUCCAAGUUCGAAGCCCCUUUCUGAUGUACGGAUACACCCAUUGCUACUAGGUACGGAGCAUGUACUCGGACCUGGCAAUCCCAAUCCCAAAUCCAAUCCCACCACGCCCGUCCAUCAUCCACCAUCCAUCAUCCACCUAUCUCACUACAUAUACCACCCCGACCUCCCACCUCAUCCAAGCCUCUCUCCUUGUGCUCUCCUACUCACCUCUCCAACCCGACGUUGCGUGAUCACAUCAUCCCCUUACGACCGAGUACGAGCUACUGCCCUAAUCACACACCCGACUACAAGCUGCAUACGAAUAUGAGCAGCACCCCCUACUGCUCAGGACCGAGGACAGGAAGAGUUGGCUUUUACGACGUUUACCACCCACGACCGACACGAUCCACCAACAGAUAAUUUUCUACCCGUUCCGCUAUUGUCACUGUUGUAAAACAGAAACAAUUUCGCAUACACACACAUUCCAAUACAAACAACUACUACCAGACUCAAUAAUCAGAGCCGCGGGCACGAGACACAACGACAAGAUGGGCAACAUGGCGAGACAGGUCCAGAACACCGACUACUCGGACGACGAAUACGGAGCCGAGGACGCCUACUUCACCUACCGACCCCUCUCCAACCUUCCCACCCCGCCACCUUCAUCCAGGAAUUCUUCCGCCCACCAGAGCCCGAAAACGGCUUUGGAAGAAGGCGACAUUCUGCAAGAAAAGUUCCUUGGCCCCGCCAUCCACCUCGUCAACCUCGUUCCCACGUCAGCUUCCCUCACGACCCCGUCGGUGCCUCUGGUACAGGCCAUGCUCAGCCGGUCCGGCCUCCCGCUCGAGACCAUUGCCUUGGCCGUCUGCAUCCUCGACUCUCUCAACUCCAAGUUCGCCCUGAGCUGGCGCUUGCAGUGCCCCCUGCUCGUCGACGGUUCUUCCUACAACAAACGCCACACUCUUGGCCACAGCCCGCUCCUCGAUCGCCGCCGUCAGCAGCAGCUGCACAUCGAUUCGGUCCAGCCCGAGCUUAUUAUCCUAUCUGCCCUCAUCAUCGCCGCCAAAUUCACCGACGACUGCCACGACUCGACGUCAUACUAUUCGUCAAACUGGGGCAAGGACACUUGGUCGUGCGAGCAGAUCAACGUGACGGAACGCUGCAUCUGCGAGAACCUCAACUACCGCAUCAAGCCCCUGGUCGACGAUGAGGAUCUGCUCGCCGAUACCAUGGUUGACAUGCAGCUGGCCGCACGGCACUAUAACUCGGCCCGCCCCGUCCAACCCCACGAGAUGGGACACAGCAAGAGCAAGAGCAUGACGAUCGGUACCGCCGUGAUUGGUCUGGGCCUGCAGCUGACGCCCGUCGACACGCCAAAGUCUGAGGCCGAGUCGUUUGGUGACGAAGUGCGUGCGGCUCUCGAGAAGACGACAUUCGGCGGGGAUUACAUGUCCCUGACCUUCUCCGGCAACGACAUGGGUCUGUCUCCAGUCGGCGAAGAGUUUUGAGGAACGAAGAUGGAAAACAAAAAGGGACGACGGGACAAUCAGCGAGCGAGCGUUUUUGUUUGAUUGUCAUGAUGGUUGAUUCGCAUGCCCUGUGGGAUUCCGAGAGGAUAUUUCGCACAUUUGCAUAAGUCUCUCUGGCUUAUUGUAUACUGAGGGGGCGACAUCAUUUUUUUCCAAAGCUUGAACGUUUUUAGGAUACCAAAACCUCGGCCUCGACGAGGGCUCGACGGGUUACGCAUCUUGUAAUUUUUCUUGAGCGAUCAACUGGGCUGGCGUAUAUGGUGGAUAAGGGGUUUACCGGAUGGGGGUUUUGGGAUCAGGGUCGCGACACUGGAAAUCAUGGUUCAUCUUUUUAUCAUACCCUAUUUGGUAAUGUAGUCCUGGAAAGACAGCAUUCAAUUUCUCACUUUCA